AUCAAAAUAACUUCCUGUUGCAUUUUCAACUUGAUAUCUUUUAAAACUUACCUUUUAAGAUAAAGAAAUGUGUAUUGGUCUCACUUCUAUAAUAUUAACGUUUACUACUAAUACUAUGAUUUUGGGAUAUGGUGAUUUGUCAGUCAACAAGAAAACAGCUCAGUAUAGAACAGUCAUAGGCUGUUCUGCGUGUGAUGCAAUUAAUGCAGUGGACAGAAACAUAAGCACUUGUGCACGAACUGAAUUUGGACAAACAUCACCCGAUCAGAUCACCUGGUGGUAUGUAGACCUUGGAGCUGUACACAGUGUGCACAAUAUCAGGAUACAGUUUAAGGACUAUGGACAAACGUAUAGUUGUUCCGGUUUUGGUGUUUAUGGAAGUCACUGUGAUUUACCCUGUCCAGAGAAUUGUAAGGAACAUAGAUGUGACAUCAUCAAUGGAACCUGUUUUGGCUGUACACCUGGAUGGGUGGGGGAGUAUUGUUCAAUAGGUAAUAUCUUAUUUUUAUCAGUUUCACAUGAUAAUGCCUUGUAUAAAAGUCCAACAGGUAAGUUCGGGUCAGAUUGUGGGUACAACUGUAGUGGUCACUGUAUAGGUGACAUUCCAUGUAAUAGAACAACCGGAAGGUGUGACUCUGGAUGUAAACCUGGAUACACUGGAGAGUUGUGUGACACAGGUUGUGAAAAUGGAAUGUAUGGCAGAAGUUGUAGAUAUUAUUGCAGUGAAAAUUGUUUACAUAACGUUCCUUGUAAUUCAACCAAUGGACAUUGUGAUAGUGGAUGUGCCUCCGGAUAUUUAGAUUUCUUUUGCAACAAAACUUGCGAUCUUGGAACAUAUGGACUGGAUUGUAAGCAAAACUGUUCAGUUGACUGCAAGGAUGGGUUAUGUAACAAUGUCGACGGCUCUUGCAUUUGCACAAAUGGAAAGAAAGGAUCUUCUUUUUGCACUGACACUAAUUUACAGUCUAAUGAAUGCAAUGAAUCAUUUUACAUCACUGGAAUGUCGAUAUUGGUUAUCAUAACCAUUAUAUUAGGCGCUGCAUGCAUUUUAUUAUUCUGGAAAUAUAAAAGACUAGUAAAGAUCGUGCGCUCAUCACAUUAUACCUACAUAACAAGGACAUCACUGCAACCGGAGAACAGCGACAAAGAUGGACCGCAAUAUGAAGAACUACAUGUAUCAGAAAAUUCGUAUAAUAAUACCGAACUACGAACUUCAACUCAAAAUCAACAAGUUUGAAAGUUUUAAACCAUAAGUCAAUAUUUAUGUAAUUGAUGUAAUUCUCUUUUAGAUGUUCUAAAAAAAAUCUAGAGUGAGCUAAUUAUGUAAUAUAUAUUAUUAUAUUUAUUCUUUUUGUCAAUUUGUUACUAUAGCUUAAUUUUUAAAUUUAAUUGGAAAGAGAUGUCGGAAAUUGGAUUUACAUAAACAUGUUUGCAUGUGCUGAAAUACCUCAUUAAUGCAUAAUGCACAAAAAUAUAGUAGCAUGUAAAUGUACUCUAUACUGGCCCAUAGCAACUAUUUAAAAGUGGGAGGGUGCAACUUGUCAAUUGAACCAACAAACAGCAUCUAAAGGAAAAUUAAUUUUACUGUAGAAAAUACCAUACUCAAAAAAUGGUUAGGGAGGGGCUGUCUCAAUUCUCCCCUCGCGUUCUACUGGCCUGUGCAUGGUGUUUUGAUACAAUGAACACAUUUAAAAUGAAUUCACCUAAUUCAACUAAAUAAAUUUUGGUUCAUGUCAACAUUUUCAACACGUUUGACCAUGUGCUCGAAAAUGUUUACUCUUCAUACUUGGUCUCUGAACUUCCCAAUAUCUAUUUUACAUGGAUUUGUACACCACAUCGUUUGACCUUAACUUUAAUUAAGCUAUGUCAAAGUAAACAUAAAUACUUACAAACUGGAUGCAUAUGUGCAAGGUAUUGAUUUCAUUACGCUCAUGUCAUAUGAAAAAUGGCGCAGAUACAAUAUUAUGAAAAGUAGCAUGGAUGCUGUUUACCCAUGAUGCCUACUCAUGCAGAUAAAUGACAUUGGACCAACUUACAGCCGAUGACUAUCCCCCAACGAAUACUCUCGCUACAAUAGUUUUAUGAUGUUAUGCCAACAGUUAGCCCAACAUUGGCCCAUAAUAUCAUUAUGCAUCACUAACUUUCAAUAUUCCAUGUGGGACCGCCGUAGGCGCAAUAAAGGUACUUAGUAACCCAACAGCGAAAUUGCAACCAUAAUGUGAGAUUGUGCCAACGAUAUGCUUCUAUCUGUGAAUGUAUUUCACAACGACAACUCUGAGUUUAUAUAUCGUAAAAAUGUGUACAUUACUGAUACAUUAUUGACUUUAAAUCAAUUCUCAGUAAGCAUACACUUUAAUUUUUUAUUUUGAACACCCAAAAAACCUUUUCAGUUAACACAGUUUAAACAAAGCCUAUAUUUAUAUUCAUAUCAGAUAGAAAAAAGUACUGCAUCUAUGUGUUAGACGAAGGCUGAGACUAAUUUCAUUUUUCAGCAAAUUUGAAUAAAUAAAACGAAGUGUUUUUAAAAAAUUGAAAUCCUCCUUCAAUAACGAAGAUCUUAAAACAUUUGCAGUUUUAAUAUGUUCUUUUAUGUGGUUGUACGUGCUUAUCAAUACCAUUUGCAAUUUCACUUCGGGUGUGUAUUCUCAUUUGCAUCUUUUUACUCCUUGUAUCUAUAUAAAACGGUAUGAAUGCUACAUGUAAUUCUAAAUGAAUGAAUCCUAAGAACAUGCAUUUAGGUAAAAUAAUAAAAAAAAUAUUAUUUUAGAAUGCAGAGUUUGUGCCAAAUGUAUUGACAAGCAUUUUUCAAGAUUCUUGAAGAUUUGUUAAACUCACUUGCAUGUCUGUAGUACUUGAAUUUCAUAAAUCAAAUUUAUUAAUUGAUCAAUUGACAAAAUAUUUGCUUUUAUAUCUAAUGUUGAUCGUAAUUGAUGUUAAAUACAUGUAGGUAUAGUUUACUAGAAAUGAUAUUUGAGCGUAUGUAUUGUCCAUA